CAAGGCAGAGCGUUAACACUGUGGUUAACCGGCCAAUAGGCCAAUAAUAUGUUAAUUAAAUACAACCUUGAACCCGCAGUAAAGGACGCUAAAUUGAGAUUCGUAUGAUUUCAAGUAGAUAUCGUAUCUUUUAAGCGGAAGAAAUGUAAAUAAUGGCCUGACGAAAGUAGUCUAUACGCCAGUCGCUCGUUGCAAUCGAGUCGCGUGUGUCGCCAAAAGACGCCGGACGUAUACCAUCAUGGCAAGAGCGCGCGUCUUACCUUUUUCAUCCGACUCUGACAACAGUUUGAAAUCAAUGCGACCCAUCAUGGAAACUGCCGAGCUUCGUUGCUAUAGAGACACUCCGCGUUACCCUAGUAGCUACUCCCUGUCGGCCCGCGAGUCGGGACUCGGGAAACUAGAGGGUGGGAUGGAGGGGCGGGGCAUCGUCUUGUUGGUGGUGUGUGGCCUAUACGCUCUAUUCCUGUUUUUGGUGGCGAGAUCGCUGAAACAUAUCUUUGGAAAAGUGGCAUCGCCUGUGACCUCGAUUGUGUGGCGAAAAGAAUUCACCAGCGUGUCUGUUUCAAACAAAACAAUUGAAGGCCACAAGAAGGAAGUCAUUCGGGACAGAACAUUUUCGCAUGGCUGAAAAGCAAUUAUAGAAAGACUAGAGACAACGAAUGUGUAAAUAAUAACCGUUAAUCUGUGAAGGUUAUAUUUAUAUUUAACGUUUGGGCUCAAGUCUUUACAGCAGAGGUGGCGUAUCCCCAAAACUCCCUGGAAAUGAUGUAAUAUCUGUUGAGGGUUUACAGUUUAAACUCCAGUGACGCAGCACAUUUAUGUGCCAAACACGCAUGUCACAAUGUCCCGAGAUGCAAAAAACGCCAAUGACAGGCAGCGUUUAUGUUCUGAAAUUCAAGACACUCGUAUUUCUUAUAAAUUGUAAUUUAUUUACAAUAACAUAAGGUGUCUUUAUCGAGAAAGUGUAUUCAUAAGAAUUCGAUAGCAGUGUUAUGUUUUUAUUACCUCAGAAUAGUAAAAUAUGAACACAUCAAUCAGUAGGCGUAUGACAUUAUCAAAUUAAUUGUAGCAGGGCAAUUAUAAAAAUACCCCGCGUAACCGGUUAAAUAUUAAAGGGAUCUUUUCACGUUUUGGUAAAUUGACAAAAUUGAAAAAAGUUGUUUCAGAUUCGCAAAAUUUCGUUUUAGUUAUGAUAUUUGUGAGGAAACAGUAAUACUGAACAUAUACCAUGGUUUAAUAUAGCCAUUAUAUGCAUCUUUUGACGAUUUAAAAACCUGAAAAUUAUAAAGCGUUGCAAGGCGAAACGAUUGAAUAAUUUGGAGAGUUCUGUUGUUGUCGUUUAAUUUUGAGAAACUACCAAGAUAGCUUAUAUAAAGUAUAAAAUACGUCGCCCAUUUAUGAUUGGCAGGAUGGCCGAGUGGUCUAUUUGGUUUUUAUUCCAGGAUUCCGGGGGUCACUGGUUCGAGCCCUGCUGCGGGCUACUUUUUAUUUCUUGAUUUUGUACUGGAGCUUUUUAGAUCCAAUGUUUACAUUUAUCAAUAUAAACUAUAAAGCAUUUAAUGACAAACUUCAAAACAUGCCAAAAUCUGUGAAACGGCCCCUUUAACGGACCUGUAUAUUUUAUUAUUCACACCAAGUCCUGCAAGUAAUACUUUUUUUUGGCUUUUUUCUUAAAAUAACACUACUCAACUUGUGCAAUGUUGUGAUAAUCUAACAUGUUUAUGCUGGAUACAUUUACUGUGUUAUAUUGUACUGUACAGUAAUACUAUUUCAUGCUGUUGUCUGAAGGCCUCAUUGAAAAUAAGAUGACCAUUGUUUCAAUGGUAAUGAUACGAAAUGUGUUGUCUUAAUGAGCAACCUUCAGGAAAUAAAGAUUUUUAAUAAUAAUAUAAUGGUAGGUUAGUCAUUAGAAAGUUAUAUAGUAUAAUAAAGCAAAUAAACUAGUCUGUCUGUUAAGAUAAUGCUUUGUAUAUGUUCAUGUUUAGUUUAGUUAUGAUUACAGAUGCAUUGACUCAUUGUUGUUGACUUAAUAAGGGCCUAUAUUUAUAUACCGGUAUGUUAUGUACUUGUCCAAGACAAGCUUAUGUAGGGGUAUCUAGACUACAUACUAAUUACGUUUACUAAAUUCAACUGGUUGUGUCACUAAUAUGAGGUUUUCAAAGACUGAAACAUUAAUAAAAGUUUGUUCUUUUCUAUUUUUAAAUCUGGACAAAAAGGUUGCAUUUUGUAAGUUUGAUCUAUUUUUUAAUCUGGACAAAAACUAUAUCUGAAAGACUGUGAACGAGUCCCUUUGUGAAUCCACAACCUUCUUUUAAUCGAAAACGGUGAAAUACUACUAUAGUUAAAAAAGGUGGGCACUUUUGUUUUUAAGAAUAUGUUGCCCCUGAAUACGGAAAGUAUUCUUCUCAUAUUCCAAUGUGCUUUUAAACUUUAGCAGCCUUAAUUUGGUUAUGUUUGUCAGCAGUAAGUCUAUAAAUUGCGUUGAAAGAAAAACAAAACAUUGUCGAUGUAUAUACAAACAUAACGAUUUUGUUUAACAGUCUUUAUUUCACCCAAACGAAUAUGUAUUAAUGAGAACUUAAUUGUGUGUAAAUAUACUGCCUCUGUAUGACUAUAAUGUUCAUUGGACCUUCACAUAGACAACGUCUUGGACGACGAAAACUGUUCUCUGCGUUGUUUUAUAUGUACAUAUCUUACUUACUUUGUUAUACAGUUAUAUUUUUACUAUGUUGAAUAAAUAAAACGUUUGAAAAACAA